AUGACUAUCAAGAGAUACACAGUAAGAAUGCAGGAACAUGUACAAAAGCUUGGGAUUGGAUAUAUUCCAAGGUUUGUCUGGGUUGUGUUAGAGAGGGAUCUUGUGGAUUCUUGUAAAGCUGGAAAUGAUGUUAUUGUUACUGGUAUUUACGUGUUUGUUGGAAGUGGUUAUAUACAUGCAAAUCACAUUGUACUGAAGACAUCUAGUCAAGACAAGAAUGACAUCACUGAUGAAAUAAAAUCGUUUUUUGAUGCCUUUUGGUGUAGUUAUAAGGACAAUCCAUUGGAAGGUCAUAAUGUAAUUAUUGCUAGUUUCUGUCCUCAAGUAUUUGGACUAUAUGUAGUUAAGCUUUGUAUAUGCUUAGCUCUCGUUGGAGGGGUCCAGUAUGUUUAUGAGUCUGGCACUCGUGUUAGAGGUGACUGUCACUUACUACUAGUGGGAGAUCCAGGUAUAAUAUACUGGGAAUU